UCACGGACCAAUGAGGCGUCUCCAAGGUGAUGUCAUGGAAGCGGCAUUGAUGCUGUUGCUGAUGCUGUUGCCCGGCGCCUGCAUCCACAGAGUCAGACUGGGGUAACCACAGUCAGCCGUCCACUUCCAGCAGCAGAGACCACAGGAACAAAAGGGGGAGUGACAGCGAGCUUUGGUUUCCCUGGAGAGUUACAUCCGCAGUUACAAGAUGACUCUAGCAGCGUAUAAAGAGAAAGUCAAAGAGCUCCCCCUGGUGUCUCUGUUUUGCGCCUGCCUGAACCCACAAACUGCAGAAACCACCAAUUACAAAGCAGAAGAUGCAGUGGACCUAGGCUGGUGCGUCAUGAAAGAUGUGGAGGUGAUUGAGUUGAACAAGCGGACAUCGGGCCAGGCCUUUGAGGUCAUCCUGAAGCCUCCAUCCUUUGAUGGCCUGCCAGAACUCAACACCUCCAUGCCUCAGCGCCGAGACCCGUCCCUGGAGGAGAUCCAAAAGAAGCUGGAGGCUGCCGAGGAGAGACGAAAGUGCCAGGAAGCUGAACUGCUGAAGCACUUGGCAGAGAAAAGGGAACACGAGCGUGAGGUGAUCCAGAAGGCCUUUGAAGAAAACAACAACUUUAUCAAGCAUGCUAAGGAGAAGCUGGAGCAGAAAAUGGAGGCCAACAAAGAGAACAGGGAGGCCCUUCUAACAGCUAUGCUUGAGAGGCUGCAGGAAAAGGAUAAACAUGCAGAGGAAGUGAGGAAGAACAAGGAGAUGAAGGAGGAGGCAUGCCGAUAGAUCCAACAGAGCCAGAAAAGAAAGACAAAAGUGAAGGGAAUCAAAACAGUGCAAAAAAACGAUGAACAAAGGACUUAACAGUGACUUGAGUGAGAUUCAAAGAAAAGCUUUUACAUUUGAUGUGUGCUAUAAGACGUCUUAUGCUGUACAAAGUUUAGCUAAUGCUUGAUGUGUAUUUCUUUCUCUAAUGGAAGCUGGAUAUGGGAAGGCUGGUGGGGUGGGUGAUCUAGCUCUUACUUCCUAAUUGUUUCUGUCAGAAAGCAGAAAAAGAAAAUUGCCUGAGUUAAAUUCUUCUGCCGAGUUUAUUUUCUCUCAUCACUGAAUGUUUAUUUGGCAGCAACACAGACAGAAAAACACAGAUAAUUUCCAAUAAGAUUACAACUCUGGAAACCACAGCUGUAAUUUGAAUUGUUAGCUUAGUAAAAAUGAAAUGAGGUUCUGCAAACUGAACUUGGAAAGAACAUCUUUGUUCCACCACAACACGAAGAAAACCAAAAGCUGUUUGUGGUUAAGACUCACCAAACAAAUCAAGAGUAUGAAAUGAAUGUUUUUGCUUUUGUUUGCUCCAACAGGUUUUGUGGAAUAAGGGGUAAAAACAAGCUGAAAAAGUGAAGGGUUUAUCUGCUGUCUUCUGCUAUUUUCAGGUUCUGUGAAAGUUUCGUUGUAGUGUAGUAUUAGAUUGUUAACAUUUACUUGAGUCUUUUUGAUUUAGAGCAUUGAUUGCACACUUUUUUUAUUAAGCACAACUUAAAAGCACAUAGACACACAAGAGUUAUCAUAUCAGUCAAAUAAAAUCUAACCAGGAAAAGGUGAAUCCCCGAUCAGCCUCAGUUCAUGACCUGUUACCAUUCUAUGACUUAAAUGGCUAACCAGCAGGCUCUGUUUCUCUUGGCUUGCAUCAUUGUGCUUUGAUUGUUUCUUUGUAAUUUUGAAGGGAACUGAAAGCGAAAAGAAAAUGCAGAACAUUAAAAUGUGCCCGAACAUUUGAGUCAUACUGACUUUAUCCUGGCUUGUCUUAAAUUAUCUAAAUGUUUGUACUGUAACCCGGGAGGGAACAGGGGGUUCUGGACUUGCUGUAACUGUGUGUUGCUGUGUAUCUCAAAGAGUGGACUCAUUGUAUUCACUUGGCAUGAUUAGUAAAGAAAAACAGCUCAAUUAAA